AAUGACUUGUUUUUGAGUUCUUUGUCUCCUUCAACCUCAUUUCUCUCUCUCUCCCAUUCUUCUUCUUCCCUUUUCUUUCUCUUCACUCCAUUUCUAUUUCACCGCUCCUCUGUCUUUUUUUCAAUCCAACCCAAAAUGUUUUUCUAUUCCACCACCUUCAACAAUAUCUAAAUAUUUCACAUCUUUUACCAAUUCUUUUUUAUUUUCUAUAUAUCUACUACACACUCACUCACACCAAUAAACAAAACAAGGGUGAACAAACAAACAGUGUUCGAUCUAUAUCAUAUUCAUAUUUAUUUACAAUUAACAAUACUAUUUCUUUCUCUAUAGUAAUAAAAAUUAUUUUCCUAGUUUUCUGUUUUCAUCUUUUAAUAUAAAAAAAAAACUUUGUUUUUUAAUUUUAAUUUUUAUAUAAAUCAAUUUCUCUCUCUAUUUGUUUGAUGUGUCUAUGGCUGGUUUGGAUUUAGGAAGUGCAUCUCGCUUUAUGCAAAACCUUCAAAGACAGCAACAAGACUUGCACCUUCAACAACAACAUCACCACAACCAUCACGAUUCUGAACAAGAAUCGAAUCGUGGUGGUGCUGGUGGUGGUGGUCCUUUUUCGUCAAACGACGAAGACGAGCGAAGCCAAGGCUUGGAGCUAGGUUCGGCGGCAGGACCUGGUGACGUGGUAGGACGUCGUCCACGUGGCAGACCACCAGGCUCGAAAAACAAGGCGAAACCUCCGGUGAUCAUCACAAGAGAGAGCGCCAACACACUGAGGGCUCAUAUUCUAGAAGUUGCCAGCGGUUCCGAUGUUUUUGAAUGCGUAACUAACUACGCUCGCCGUCGUCAGCGUGGGAUCUGUGUUUUAAGCGGAAGUGGAACUGUUACUAAUGUCACUCUCCGACAGCCGGCGGCGGCUGGUGCUGUUGUUACGCUUCAUGGGAGAUUCGAGAUACUGUCCCUUUCUGGAUCUUUUCUGCCUCCGCCGGCUCCUCCGGGAGCAACUAGUUUGACAAUUUACCUUGCCGGAGGUCAAGGACAGGUGGUCGGAGGGAGUGUGGUUGGUGAACUUACGGCGGCGGGACCGGUGAUUGUGAUUGCUGCUUCGUUUACUAAUGUUGCUUAUGAGAGGUUGCCUUUGGAGGAAGAAGAACAGAUUCAGAUGCAGGCGGCGGCUGGAGGAGGUUCUCAAGGCUCUGGUGGUGGUGGUGGUGGUGGUGGUGGUGGAGUUGUGAAUAAUGCUUUUCCUGAUCCUUCUUCUGGUUUGCCGUUUUUCAAUUUGCCAUUGAAUAUGCAGAAUGUUCAGAUGCCAGUUGAUGGUGGUUGGGCGGGAAACAACAAUUCAGCUUCACGUCCACCUUUUUGAUGGAUCGAAUGCUUUUGAGAUGAUCAUUGAAUUGAAUUCCAAAUUAUUUAUAAGGUCAGUGUUAAUUCAUGGAUAUGGUGGUGAUUAUUCUUAGUGCGUUUGAAUCAAGUCAUGUUAUAUUAAUGUGUACUUUCUUCUUCUAGUUCGUACAAUUGGUACUUCAAUUUAGUGUCUCAUUGGUUUUUUUUAUUUCAACUUUCGGAUUCUGCUUUUAUUAGUCUUUUUAAUAUUGUUAUAUUAUUUUAUGGAA